AUGGAGCCACCAGAAAAACUUGGACAUCCUGGUCUUGUCACCGGAGCUCAGAAAUCGGCAAAAGACUCCGGUACUCGUAACAAAAUGAUGUUGCCUUCAAGUGUCGCAAAUCAAAGUUAUAGUGUGUCUGCUUCAUCGCCAGCACAUGCUUCAACAUUGAUACCUUCAUUUGAGGGAAGUUUAGUGCCAAGUGAAGCAGCCGAUGGUGGUGCCACACAGGAGAGUCAUGAUGCCAUCAAUGUGGACAGUGAUGUUGAGGAACAACCUGUUACCAAGAAGGCAAAGAAAACCACAUCUGAAGUGUGGCAAUACUUCACCAAGUACUGGGUGACAGUGGAGGAAAUCAUGGAGUAUUAUUCGGCUGAAAGAGAUAAGUUGUAUGAAUACUUCAAAACCAUUCAAAGCCGGUUUAGUGCAACGAUGGAUAUGUGGAAAUCCAACCAGAAUAAGGGUUAUGUGUGUGUCACCCUUCAUUGGGUUGAUGAUGAUUGGAAAAUUCAGAAGAGGAUAUCAAUUUCCUCCAUGUUGAAAGGCGACAUACCGACUGCUUUUGCGAGGCUGACUUCCAUUGACCGCCACAGGUAUGGUAGUAUUGCUCCUUCAUAUCAUGAAUGGGAUAAGGCACAAAUUUUGAUUCCCUUCUUGAAAAAAUUCUUUGAGCUUACUGAGAUAUUCUCUGGUACUACCUAUCCAACGGCGAACCUAUUUUUUAGAGGCUUUUGUGAGAUUAAGAUAUUGCUAGCUGAUUGGUGCAUUAGUAAGGAUACCACUAUUUGUGGAAUGGCAAAUGCUAUGAGUGUCAAGUUUGAUAAGUACUGGAAGAAGUCUAAUAUUGCACUUGCUGUAGCAAAUUUUCUUGAUCCUAGGUUCAAGAGAAGAAUUGUGAAAUUUUACUUGCGAAAGUUCUAUAAUAAUUCCUACCAAGCUGAACUUGAAAAAUUCAAUGGUAUCCUAAGGAAGAUGUUUCAAUGCUAUGUUUCUGCUGCACCUUCUUCUUCAAAGAGCAAUAAAGAAGUUGAAGAACCAUUGGCAGAUCUAUUUAUGGGCAGCAACAACAUAGAUGAUGAGCUUGAUAACUACCUAUUUGAAAGUGACUCAUAUGAUGCUGAUGGAGGGUUCAGUGAAUUGGAAAGGUACUUAGCAGAACCACCAUUGAAGACCACUAAAGCCAACCAGAACAUGUUUGACAUUUUAGCAUGGUGGAAAUCUCAUAAGGAAGAGUAUCAUGAUGAAUUCUCAGAAAUGGGACGUGAUGACGAUGUGGCAAUUGAUAAUGAUGAUUUGCCUGAGAUUCAGUUGUAG